AAGCGCAAGUACCGUACCACCUUAUGUAGAAGUUUGAUGGAAGAGAACAUUCUCUUUUCUUCAUCGAUUUGAUUGUAUCUUGUUAUAUUUUUUGAAAUAUUUAGUUUGAUUGUGCACAUUGUUACUUUCGAUCUUUGUAAAUACAGAAAAAAUGGAUUCCAACAGGGUAAGGAAUGAUGAAGAUCUAGUUGCUAGUGGUAUGGGAGCAGUACCCCAACAUACAAGCCCAGAACCUCCAUUAGAUUUAAGCCAUCAUUUUUCUCGAGUAACGGUUGCACGACAGGAGAGUGCUGUCAAACAGUUCUACCAGUUCUUCCAGAUUCCCGGGAUUGGUAAUUUGGCUGGAGGUAUGUUCAUUCUAGAAGGAAGGCGUUUCCGCCACCACAAACUUCGAGCCCGUCAGCUACUGCACGUAGACCAAAAAGUUAAUCAAUCAUCUCAGGUCUUCCCAAUGCAUCUUUUUUCCCCUACGAUACCUUAGAGGCACAAAUUGCACGCCCAGAAAGAUUUAAGCCCACUCCAAAUGAUCCAAAUGAGAUUGGAGAGCUUUCGGCGAAUCUUGCAGCGACAUCGGUCAAAAAGUCGUCUGCAGAAGCUUCAAGACAUAUAGUAGUUCCUCAUUCAUCUGCAACACCAAAUCCUUUGCAGAAGAUUGAUUUAACGACUGCUUUGCAAUAUGGUCAGGCUCAAGGAUAUCCACCACUAUAUUCUUUUGUUCGACAAUUUGCACUCGAAAACUUGCAUCCAAAUAUACCAUACAAAGGGGGCGCUGAGAUCGUCUUAACAUGUGGAUCGACUGAUGGAUUCUCGAAAGCUAUUGAAGCUUUGACUAAUGCUUGGAGCGAGGAGAGAGAUUGGAUUAGAGAAAGACCUGCCAUACUUUGCGAAGAAUUCGCGUAUAUGACAGCUAUUCAAGCUUGCAAACCAAGUCAGUAUUCACAAAGCUUGAAAUCGGGGGCUUUAGGCUAACAAUUAUUUUAGGAGGUAUACAAGUUGUUCCAGUUAAGAUUGAUCUUGAGGGGAUGAUCCCGACAGGUCCUGGUAGUCUUGAAGAUGUCCUUGAAAAUUGGGAUGAAUCGAAGGGUAGACGACCUCAUAUGAUGUAUACUAUCACGUAAGUCCUGUCCGACCUUAUUCAUUACCGCGAUCGAAUACUCAUAAUAUGACAGCAUUGGUCAGAAUCCCACCAGUGGUACCCUGUCUAUUCCAAGACGCAAGGAACUUUAUGCCAUUUGCAGUAAAUACGAUGUAAUUAUAAUUGAAGAUGAUCCAUAUUGGUAUCUUCAAUUUCCAUCUGCAGCAGGUCUGCAAGCAGAGGCUCGCAAUGAGACUUUACGAGAACCAGAGUCAGUGCAUACAUUCAAGAACUCUAGUGGCUACCCAUAUCUCGAUAGCCUCGUUCCAUCAUACUUGAAUUUCGAUGUCGACGGACGUGUUAUCCGUCUUGAUACAUUCUCAAAGACUGUAGCUCCAGGAUGUCGUCUAGGUUGGAUGACUGCUCAACCAGCUAUCAUAGAGCGACUACUGCGUAUCACAGAAAGUACCACAACACAACCAUCCGGAUUUGUUCAAGCAAUGAUCGCAGAAUUAGUUAUGGGUCCUCAAGAAGCCACGGCUGAAUUCACUAAGAAGUCCAGGAACGAACAGCUCGCAUUUGCAGGCUGGAAAACUGACGGUUGGGUACGUUGGUUGGAGGGUUUGAGAGGCACGUACGAAAGACGCAUGAACAGAAUGUGUGCGGCGUUGGAAGAUGGCCGCUAUUACGUUAAGCAAGGUACUUCCAAACAAAUUUCCGAUUCUGAAUGGGCCGUCAUCACGAAGACAAAAAUGUACUCCUUUGACUGGCCACGAGCUGGAAUGUUUUUAUGGAUUCACAUGCAUUUCGACACUCAUCCUUUAGCUAAACAAGUAUCUGGAUCCAAACUUGCCAAAAUUCUGUGGACCUACUUAACUAUGAAGCCCUACCUCGUAUUAGCAGCUCCUGGUGAAAUCUUUAGUCCUACACCGGAAAUUGCUGAGGAGAGGGGAUGGCAAUAUUUCCGAUUGUGUUUUGCGGCUGUGGAGGAAGACGAGGUCGAGAAGAGUAGCAAGAGAUUUGCCGAGGGAGUGAGGGCUUUUUGGAUGAUUAAGAAGAAGGAGGAAUUGGAUGAUAUUGAUGUGGAGAGCAAUGCUGGAGCUAUGGAGGGUGAAUUGAGGGAUUUGGGUAUGUAUGUGGCGUGCUAGAUCAUUAGGAUUUUUUAUUUUUAGGUCAUCGUCAUGUUGAUAUGAUAACGUAUAAAGCGCUAGAUUUAGGCUAUGGUGUGGAUUUUAGAGUUUUGAUUUUGACUUGGUCCGGUGAAUAGAAAUGGAUUUUGGAUUAAGUGGUAUGAGAUGUG